GUAUGGUUGGGUAUUAUAAAUUCUGUCUGAUACUUUUGAGUAGUUCAUUAGUCUUUGAGGAAACGCUGUGUAUAUAUCAAGCACUGGGAAUAAUUUUAACAUUAGCUGGAACUAUUUUAUACUCUCAUGUGAAAAUGAGAGAUACACAGGCUGUACAGAACAAGGAUAAAGAAAAAAGGCCGUUGUACUCAAUAUAAUUUUGUAACUGCUAGAUUUAUAAUGAAUAAAGUGAAAUAUU